UUUCUCCUCGCACGCAGCCACCUGACAUCGCCCUCUUCUCCAUCCAUCUGAGCCCGAUGCCUUCCCCUCACCACCUCCGCCACCACCACAACCACAGCCCAACAGAUCAGCGCUGUUGCUGCUGUUCUUGUUGCUGUUACAGCACCUGCUGCUCGCCCCACAACCCUUCUCCACCACCGUCUCUCACCACAUCUGAUCACCUCCUCCAAGCCCUCGCCACCCAACUCCUCCUCCAAUCCGAAUCCGAAUCCCCUCCCCUUCUUGACUCCCAUCAACCCCUACUCAAACCCCAGCAAGCCCCACCCCCACUUCAUCCCCUUUUCCAAGAUCACCAACAUGGUCGUGCUUACCACCAGCACCAUCCUCCUCCUCAGCAGCUCUAUCAGCAUCAAGCUUAUCCUCUCAUUCAUUCGCUCCUCCGCCGUGUUUCCGCCCUCGAGUCCUCUUUCCCCCAUCUCGCCUCCUCCGCUUCACCUCCGCCUUCUCCUCUUACAAACCAUCAACAGAGAAGACCAGUAACACCACCACCGCCACCGCCACCGCCACCGCCAACUUAUUCUUAUUCUUCUUCUGCUCCAUCGCUUCGAGACUUGGCAGCGCGGAAAAUCCAAGCCUCGUUCCGCCGCUUACUUCUUCGGAGAUCCCAGACGCUCCGCCACCUCAAGGACCUCGCCGCCAUGAAAUCCCACGUUGCGGCGCUUAGAACCGCGCUUUCGGACAAGGCCCACGCCGACCCCAGAGCCCUCUCCGAGAGAGCCAUGGAUCUGCUUCUCCGAUUGGAUGCCGUCCAGAGCAGCGGCCCGAUCGUUCGAGAAGGGAAGCGGUCGAUCAGCAGGGAACUGGCCCGGAUACUGGAGUUCAUUGAUAAGGUGUUGGUCAAAGAGCACCAGCUGUCUCUCGACGCGAUUGAGAUCGCCGGGAACGGUGGACAGGAAAGAUCUUUUGUGGAGGAUGGAAGGACUGAAAGUGAAGGAGCUGAGGAAGUUAUGAGGGUUGCCAAAAAAGUGAGCUUUUUAGAAGAUGGGAAGAGAUCAAGGGUUUCUUUUAGCGGCUGCAACCAGUUUGUGGAGGAACUCAGCAAUGCCGGUUAUCAAAAUGGUCAGGUGAAGAGCUUAGGUGGGAAAGCUGCAAGGAACGGGGCAAGAGAUCGUAUGGGAUCAGAAAGGUUUUAUGAGAUCAGUGAAGAUGAGAAGAGCUCUGAGGGUUCUGUAGAGAACAGUAGCAGAGUUGAGAAGUUCCUGAGUCGGAAUGGCAGGUUGGGACUCUCUGCUCCCUUGCCUGUGCAAAUGGAGCCUAGGAGAAUGUAAUUCAAGGGAUUAGAAGGAACAAGUGAAUGCAUCAAAACUGAUGUCAUUUCAAAAUGCAUCAAGAGUUCAUCUAUUUGCCUUCUAGGAGUGACAAAGUUAUCAGUCCUUUGCCUUUCGGCAGUUGGAUGAGAAGAGCUGCCUCUGUUUGGUACGUCCUUUUUAAUUUUGUUGUGCUAUGUUUUCUGUACUGUAGGAUGCGUAGAAUGAUUGUCAUACUGCUAUUAAUUUGGACUAGUUAUUUAGUGGUGUGAAGAUUAACAUGCUUCUGAUUAUCUAAUUUCUUGGAUAGGAUCUGCUUGUUUAUCAGGGUUAUCAUUUUCUUCUUGUCAUUACAUUCAUGUUGGCCACAGCUAUCUCAUCCUGGUAAUUAUCACAAUGAUUUAACGCCAGAAUCAAAUUGUAGUGAAUUUAUGUUUAUAGUGACACUGGGUACUUAUUGAAGAGACUGGAGACAUACGGGCAUCCGAUUGUUCUAUUAUGAAAUAAAUGCUAGCUAUGAGAAGCGAUACAUCGGUGGGGCACAUGAAUUCCGCGCGGAGCAUUUAAAGUCAAACAAGUCUACCUUUAAUAGUCUGAAGAAAAUCAAUUGUUUCAUUUAGUAGCACAACUCUCUACUUUUGGCAGAAAAAACACAUAAACUCAACAGUUUAGGGAAAAAUCAUAACCAACAUACUAUUAAGCUGGAUAUCCCGAAUCUACUGGCAUAACAUUUAGGUCUUCUAUGCUUGUCUGUUCAUGAGGAACAAUUUCUACUCAGCACCAGUCAAAAUAUGAUGUCCAGCCAUGCAACUGAAAACUCUAGAAUGGGGAAGCAUUUCCAAUAACUUAUCUUUCAGUUAGCCGAUCACGUACAAAAAAUUAAAUUACUGCACUCAGAGAAAUUUUCUCUAUUAUCUGCUUACUACUGGAAAUAUCUUAUAUUUCCAACUUCCAAGUGGACUGAAUUGUUUGGAGUACUGUACUUGACAAAUUUAUGAAGUCUUUCUUUUCCAAUUCCCAUAUUCUGACCACUUGAACUGAUUAUGUCAGUACAAACUUCACAUUGCCACAUGAAUAUAUACCUGGACUGAUUAAAGUGGAGUAAUAGCAGCCAAAUACAAGUAAAUGUGUGAAUCUGUAAGGCUAGUUAAUGAUGCUAACACUAGACCUUGUACAUUAUAUUAGUAUGAACCUGAUGCUCCUAGAGGUGGGUUUUCCUCAUAAUGAUAAUUGUAGGGUAGUAAAUUGAGAUUGCGAGGCGUAAAAGACAGAUUUCAGAGGACUAGAAGUUAAAAGAGUAUCUGAUAACAAGAGGAUAAUCAGUCAAACCAUAAUUUUCAUUAAGAAAGCACCGUUUCUCAACACAUCCUCAAAGACUCCUAUCUGUAAAAUAUUGUGCUAACAAGAAGGAUUCUUUAUAAGAAAAUUAAUAUUGCAAUCAACUGAUUUUGUUUCCUUUUGUAUAUUUCCAUCCUUUCCCAUUUAUAAUCUUUAAAUUCUGUCAUAUCAAAGCUGACUUUCCAACAUAUUCCUACCAGUUUUUUGCUGAUCUAUAAAAUUUGUCUAGGAUUGGGAAGCUUGGCAAACAGGGCAAAACAGAGUAGAAUGUGAGGCAGCUAUAGAAAUUUAAACACAAUUUGAUAAAGUAGAAUGUUAAGCAGCUGAUCUUAGAAGGCAGAAGGUUUGUGCCUCGUGACCUUCCAAGUCUAUAAUGAGUUGAUGUUAGGAGCUUUCUAUAAAGAUGGUAGAAGAUAAGCUGUCCUCAUUUGAUAGGUUAAAGUUGUUUCCAUCGGAAUCUCACUAGCAACAUAAAUGCUGCCCUCUACUAUUGCAAUUAUGCUAAUUACAACAGUCUUUCAUGUAGGUCAAUAUGCUAAUUUUGCAUGACUAACACCAAAUGCUCUUAUAUGUUACUCUCGAACCAAACCUGAGAGUUAAAAACCAGGAAACAACAGAUGUUUGUCAUGCUGUUUCUGUCAGCCAUGCAAGAUUAGCAUGAUUUGACUAAUCAUUUUAUUUUUACCUAUAUAUAUAUAUAUAUAUAUAUAUAUAUAUAUAUAUAUAUAUAUAUAUAUAUAUAUAUAUAUAUUCAUGGUUGCAAUGAUAUGAGACACAAACCAUAACCUGAAUCCCCACCUUUAGGGAGCCAUCCUCCCAAACACAACAAAGUGACCCCAUGACUUCACAACCCACCAAGCUCAUGGCAUGAGCUUUAUGAUCAAGUACAAGUGAUCACAGAGGUGAUUCCACCCUCCUGUAGUGCCCAACACAGACUUUGGUGUCAUUCUUGAGUGGGACUGUUAUAAAUGGCAAGGCCCCAUGCGUUGGUAUUUUUGGGACCCUGGCAUUAAUUUGAAAGCUCAUCUGCUCAUGGGUCUCUUGUUAUUGCUUUUAAGAUCCACCACCCCCCUCUCUUCUCUUCAUUUCCCUUCCUCUCUUGGAGCUCUCCAACUCUUCCCUCAAUGGAAUAUGGUCAUUGAGAGCCAUGAAGUGUUCUUUCUUCUCUUCUGCAACUCCUCAGGCCCUUAUGUUUGUUGCCAUCUUCCUCUCUUUGAUAACAUGGGCACCUUCAGAUGAAUCCUUGUCGGUCCAUCUUCGUGGUUGCCAUCGCUACCCUCACCACUACCAAUACCAUCACCGUGCAGAGAGCUCCUGGUGGUCUCAUGGGCCACCUGUGCGGUGCCACCAAUUCCCACUAGGCGAGCUUCAGCCUCCUCCACAGCCGCCCUCUUCCUGGGAGGAGAUAGAUCCUAGAUAUGGAGUCCAGAAGCGGCUCAUCCCGACUGGUCCAAACCCCCUCCACAACUGAAGAGAAGCGGCAGAAACUAGCUCAUGGAUACUCCUUGCUGCAAUAGUCCUUUUGUUGCAGGUAUAGUAAGUUUGGCAGGCACUUUCAUCCUCUCUUGUUCUUUCUUUCCCAAUUUCUUGAGGUGUUUUCUUGGAGCACAUGGUCUUCCUUGUUGCUCAUCACGUUGUAUCCUUGGUGAAAGAAAUCACAAUGGGGGAUGUCAUUUUAAACUAAUAAUAUUGUCCAAAUCUCUCUCUCUCUCUCUCUCUCUCUUCCUCCUUGUGUGGGUUAAAGUUUUGUUACAUUUAUAUUGGUCUCGAUCUAUACAUAUUUUCUGUAACUUAUUUGAA